AUGUCAGUAGAAGAACCAUAUAGCGAAAUAAAUAUUAUUAAAAAAUAUUAUAAUUUUAAAAACGUUGAACGUAAAAAAUUAGACGAUGAUGAAGAAGAUAAAAUAAUUAACCUUAUAGUGUUUUUCAAAGAUAAAAUUGAAAUAGAUGUAAAUGAAAAAUAUGAAUAUAAUAUUGAUGAUGAAAAUAUAAUAAAAAAUAUUCUUAUAAAUUAUGUGAAGACUUUAAAAAUCCUUAUCUUUUAUAUACCUUAUAAUGAUUCAAUAAAAAAGAAAAUAACAGAAAAGGGGAUAUAUAAAUUAUUAUUUCUGGGAAAUUAUAACAAGCACGUGGAUAUAUAUCAAAAUAAAUUAAGAAAUAAUAAAUGUCAGAAUGUAGAAGAUGGAAAUAAUAUCUUUUCAUUAUACAAGGAAGAGAUUGACAAAUAUGAAUUGAUAUUCUUAAUUAAUUUAAUAACACAUAAUGAAAAUAAUAUAGAAAUAUUUAAAUAUUUAUAUCCAUUUUAUUUUUAUUAUAUUAUGGUUUUUGAAAAACAGGAAAAAGAUACUAUAUUUAUGUUAUUGAAUAAUUUUAUAAUAAACGAAGAAACAUAUAUAUACAUAAGCAAAAAAGAGGAUUUUUCUUUCCUUCUUUUUUUAUCAGUUCUUGAUUCUUUAAAAAAUAUUAAAAAUAAGGCAAUCAUUUGUAAUUAUUUUUAUGUAUUUAUUGAAAAUUGUUUAAAGAAUGAAUGUAAAUUAUUUAUUCACAUUUAUGAGACAUUAAGAAUUUUAUACUUCAACUUUUAUUCAUACUCUUCAAAAUUAGAAGAUCUUAAUUUUCCAUUAAAAAAAAUAAAAUUAAAAAUUCUUACAAAGAAAGAUAACAAAUAUUAUUUAUUAAAAUAUAUAUCACUUAUGUGUAAACUACUUUUAGAAACAUUAUAUAAUAUAUUAGAUUCCAAAAAUUUAGAUUUAGAAAAAAUUGAUGGUUAUAAAAAUUUAUAUAAAAUGAUAAUGAAUGAGAUAAAAGAAAAUAUAAAUUAUAUUAAUACUGUAAAUUAUUUUGAUAAAUAUGAUGAUACACAUAUAUUAAAAUAUUAUAAAAAUGUUUUAUUUAUGGAUGUAUUCAUAUAUCAUAAAAAAAAGUUUGUAAUCGAAAAUUUUAAACUUAUUUUAUUCAUAUCAAAUAUUUUUAGUGAUCGAUAUGAACAGUUAGAUGAUUUCUCAUGUAAUGAUAAAAUUUCUUUUAUAAAUAUUAUAUUUACAUAUCUAAAAAACAUAUUUGAAAAAAGAAAUGAUAGCAUAGAACAAAAAAAACAAAUUAUAUAUCACAACUUUGUAUUAAACAGAUAUAUUAUUAGUCUUGUUGCGAAUUUUUCUUUAGAUAACACUGUAUCAAGUUAUAUAAGGAGAAAUAAUGGUUUAGAUCUUUUAAGAAAAUUUAUGUAUAUAGACGAUAAGGAUCCUUGUCUAUCUGAAUAUUCCAUUCUAGCCAUUAAGCAUAUUAAGGAAAAUGAAAACUUGGACGAUUUAUAA